CAAUCACGAGAUCUGUUUGUUUUACAUUGUUUAGAAUAGAUCGGCAGACAUUGUAAACCCUCGUUUUCGGUCUCCUUCUUCCAUUCAACAACCUGCAUUGUUCGGAUCCGAUCCAAAUUUGAAUUUGAAUUUUAAAUCUUCUGGAGGUUGUCAAUUUGCGAACGUUGUGAUUCUGUGUUGGAAACUCCACGGAUCUGAUCCUGAACGUUCCUGUAUUUGAGAUCGGCAUUUUUGAAAUAUAAUUUUCUUUUCUCUGAGAAGAAUCUUAAAGUUUUGUUGAUAAUUAUUUCUGAGAAUUUGAUGUUUUGAACAACUGUUUUAAACUUUAGAGCCAUUUCGAGGGUUGAAUAAUUUGUUUGAGAUGGAUCUAUCUUCUAUCAGCGAAGAAUUAGCCGAGAUCGACGGACAAGUCACCGACAUUUUCCGUGCUUUAUCGAAUGGUUUCCAGAAAUUGGAGAAGAUCAAGGAUGCCAAUAGACAGAGUAGGCAGUUGGAGGAACUUACAGAGAAGAUGCGUGAAUGUAAAAGGCUUAUCAAAGAGUUUGACAGGGAAGUUAAAGAGAUGGAGAGUGGAAAUGAUCCAAACACCAACAAGAUGUUGAGUGAGAAAAAACAGUCAAUGGUGAAAGAGUUAAAUUCAUACGUGGCUCUUAAAAAGCAACAUCAAGCCAAUCUUGAAAACAACAAACGAGUUGAUCUCUUUGAUGGACCUAAUGAAGGGUUUGGUGAAGACAAUGUCUUGUUAGCUUCAUCUAUGUCAAAUCAACAGCUAAUAGAUAAUGGAAACCGGAUGAUGGACGAGACUGAUGAAGUUAUUGAGAGGUCAAAAAAGGUUGUUCAUGACACUGUCAAUGUUGGAACAGAGACAGCUGCAGCUCUGAAGGCUCAGACUGAACAAAUGAGUAGGAUUGUUAAUGAACUAGACUCUAUCCAUUUCUCAAUCAAGAAGGCUUCUCAACUCGUCAAGGAAAUUGGUAGGCAGGUUGCUACUGACAAGUGCAUAAUGGCAUUGCUGUUCCUUAUUGUCAUUGGAGUCAUCGCCAUCAUUAUUGUCAAGCUUGUUAACCCAAACAACAAGGACAUCCGAGAUAUUCCAGGAUUAGCUCCACCUGCCAUGAGUCGAAGAUUACUUUGGAAUCCUAGUUAAAGAGUUAGAUAUUGACCUCCCAUGAGAUUGCUGAGGUGAUCUGAAACCUGAUUGGAACCAUUAUUAGAGUAGCUUGUGCUGCUAUUAGGGGUACCCAGCAUUGCAGAUUAACAGGAGUGGUGUCUUUGUUGGUAGGUUUUCUGUAGAGAACGGCAGGCUUUCCCAUUUGCUUGAUCCCUGAAUUGUAUGGCGGCUUAUUGAGAGAUUUAAUCAUAUGAGGUGUGGAUGGUUAAUUUAUUUCUUUGUUGGAUGGAUAACCUCCCCUUUUGAAUUGAAGGAACCCUUGAAAUUGUGCAUUUGAGAUUCUAUUGGUUCACAUAUUGUAUAAUCAUCUGUAUCAUUUGAUAAUUUGUUUUUAUUUGUGAAAAUUUAUUGUUACUUGUAUAAUAGCAGUUGUUGUA